AACAAAACGGUGGCGUUUUAUCAUGACUGUGGUGCUCACACGUGUGGACGCCCACCAUACACGUACCGUCUUGGGUCCUCUCUAGAUGACCGCCACCUCCUCCGCCUCACCCCACCACAGCGCAGGUUCUACUACUGCCUCUUCGUCUGAGUCUCUCCGUUUCUCUUUCUGUACUUCACCCACCUUUCUGUCUCUAAAAAUAACUCACUUCGCUAUCUCCGCUCUCCGAUUCUGCAAGUCACUCUUCUAUUAUCUUCUCUUCAAAACCCUAAGUGUCUUCACCAUGGACGAUAUCUUCGGGGAGGACGACUUCUUCGACUUUGACGACGGUCGCAGUAAUCGUGUUUCUGAAGAGGAAAUCAGGGUGGAAGAGAAGGUCUACUUUGUUCCAUACAGGUGGUUGAAUGAGGCGCAUGGGACUUCUCUUGGAGAGAACGAAGGCAUUUUGUACACUGCAUCCUGUAGUACUUGUGUUGGGUCAAUGGAAAUCAUGAGCAAUGAUUUUGACUCUCAAAUUGUUCUGAACCUGAGGAGGGAAGAGGACAAUGGGAAGAAUGAGGCUGCGGAGGAAGGGGUUUCAGGCCAAGAGUAUGCAUUGCUUUCUGAAUCAAUGUGGUUGAGGGCAUUGAAAUGGCAUAAUGAUUCUAAUGCAGCUGAGAAGGAUGUGGGAAGUAUUUUAGCUGCAGAAGUUUAUACACAGGAUGUAUUCCCCUUGCAAAUCAGACUUUCUGUUUCAUGGGGAACAAAUUCAUUACUUGUAAAGAUUAGCCAAAAGGACAAUCCAAUUGAAAUUUAUGAAAGAGCAAGCACCAUAUUCCGAGUUGAGUCUGAGCUGUUGCACAUUUGGGACUUCUCAGGGCAGACAACCUUACUUCUCAUGAAUGACAGAACUAAGUCAGCAAAUGAUUAUCUGAGUCGAUCAGAUGAGAUUCUCCUGGAAUUGCAAGUCUACGGAUUGACUGAUUCCAUGAAAGGUAGAGGAGGGAAGAAAGAUGACAUGAUGGUAGGACAGACUAAAAUGGAAGGCUCUUUUGUCAGUGGUUCACUUAAGAUGAAUGGGAGCACUGGAAAUGUUGAUUCUUAUUUCACCCUUUCCCAUACUAAACUAUUUGGUAGAGGCUAUAGAGAGGCUGGUUUUUUGGGUUUGACUGGCUUGCACAAUCUUGGGAACACGUGUUUUAUGAACAGUGCCAUCCAGUGCCUGGUGCAUACACCAAAACUUGUUGAUUAUUUCCUUGGGGACUACAGGAAAGAAAUAAAUUACGAAAAUCCGUUGGGGAUGAAUGGUGAGCUUGCUUUAGCAUUUGGAGAUUUAUUAAGGAAGUUAUGGGCUCCAGGAGCAACACCAGUAGCUCCAAGAAUGUUCAAGUUAAAGCUUUCUAGUUUUGCUCCACAGUUCAGUGGCUAUAAUCAGCAUGAUUCCCAAGAAUUUCUCGCCUUUUUGUUGGAUGGACUCCAUGAAGAUCUCAAUCGUGUGAAAUGCAAGCCUUAUAUAGAAGCUGGGGAUCCAGAUGGGCGUCCCAAUGAGGAAGUAGCGGAUGAAUAUUGGCGGAAUCAUCUGGCUCGCAAUGAUUCGAUCAUAGUUAAUCUAUGCCAAGGUCAGUUUCGGUCUAUGUUGGUUUGUCCUGUUUGCAAGAAGGUGUCUGUAACAUUUGAUCCAUUCAUGUACCUAUCACUACCACUACCCUCAACAACAAUGCGGACUAUGACUGUGACAGUCUUGAGCACUGAUGGAACUACUUUGCCAUAUCCAUGUACUGUUACUGUGCCAAAGUGUGGGAGGCUCAAAGACCUUAUUCAAGCCUUAAGCAUUGCAUGUUCUUUAAGGAAUGAUGAAAGACUUUUGGUGGCUGAGAUAUAUAACAACUGCAUUAUUCGUUACCUGGAGGAGCCAUCUGAUUCAUUAGCUUUGAUUAGAGAUGGUGACCGACUUGUUGCUUAUCGGCUAUCAGAAGAUUCGAAAGAUUGUGAUACAUCCUCCUUGGUUGUGUUUAUGCAUGAGAGGGUAGAAAAACAUGACAUUAAUGGGAAGGCAGAAUUAUGUCGGAAGAUGUUUGGCAUUCCUCUUGUAGUAAGAAUGUUGGAGUGUUCUAAUGGACGUGAUAUCCGUAAACAGUUUCUGAAAUUACUUGAUCCAUUUUUUAUGCCCACUGAAGAUUCCUUGGAUGAUAUUACUGCUGGAAAUGCUGCUAAUGAAGACACUGAAAUGGAGGAUGCCAUUAGCUCCACAGUUUCCAAUGGUGAUGCGAACUCAGAUAGCGAAACAGGGGAUGAACUACAAUUGGGUAAUAAUUUCUCAUUUUAUUUAACAGAUGAGAAGGGGUCAACAAAGGGUUCCAAUAUAAAUAUGAAUAAGCUGGAGCUCAUCUCUCAGUUGCCCAGGAGGUUGAAUGUGCUUGUUCAUUGGCCAGAUAGAAUGAUUGAGAAGUAUGAUACAUGCCUUCUCAGUUUGUUGCCAGAGAUCUGCAAGCCUGAGUUAUUUGCAAAGAGGCCUCAGGAAUCUGUUUCUUUAUACAAAUGCCUUGAAGCUUUUUUGAAGGAAGAGCCUCUUGGACCAGAAGAUAUGUGGAACUGCCCUUGCUGCAAGAAGCAUCGGCAAGCCAGCAAAAAAUUAGAUCUUUGGAGAUUGCCAGAGAUUCUGGUUAUCCAUUUGAAGAGGUUCUCAUACAGCCGGUUUUGGAAGAACAAGCUGGAAACAUUUAUUGACUUCCCCAUUGAUGAUCUUGACCUGUCGACUUACAUUGCCCAAAAGAAUAGUCAUUUGUCUAAUCAUUACAACUUGUAUGCCAUCUGUAAUCACGAUGGAGGCAUGGGAAGUGGUCACUAUACUGCAUUUGUUCGUCAUGGAGGUAAUCAGUGGUAUGAGUUCGAUGACAGCAGGGUUUCUCCCAUUGGCGAGGAUGAAAUAAAGACAUCUGCUGCUUAUGUCCUUUUCUACCAGAGGAUCCCAGAUACGUGCUUAACAUAGUGGCAUGUUACAACGAUUUGAAACUAGAAUGAAUAAGAAGUGGAGUACCUGUUCUUUGACACCUAUUCAUUUAUUCAUCUCUUUGAACUGGAAGCAGCAUCUUUGCCAUUGGUGGAGAUAAGCUGGCUGGGAUGGAGCAGUAACAGAGUAUUAAUAUAUAGCUUAAGAAGGGAGCCAAUGAAGGAGGGAGAAUUUUACCCAAGAGGCAAGAUCCCUUUUCUUUUGUUUUUAAAUUUAAAUUUUUUGGUUUCCUGUGUUUUAUGUAUAUUGCAGCUUUUAAAGAAAAUUCUGUCUUAAAAAUAAAUACUUGAGUUGUCAUGAAGAUUCCCAUUAGUUUUUUUUUCCAAAGGGUAGUUAUAGGAAUAUGUCCAGCAUACUUGUGUAAAUUCAUAUGUUAGGGCAAGGACAAAUCUUUUGUGUCCUCUUUGUUUCUUGUGAUUUAUUAGCUUUAUAGAUGUUCUUGUUCUUCACUCUUUUAACAUUUUCAAAAUAUCUACAUUUCAUCUUAAUCUUA